AUGGAAAUCUUUGUUUUGUCUCAUCUUAUUGAUACUUUGUUACACAUAUAUGUUACUUUGUUCAUUGUGACUGACUUAUGGCGAAUAUUUCCCUCUUUCAGCUAUGAUAUUGCUGUCCUGUGGCUGGCCUCCAGUGCUACUCUGAACAGCUAUGUGAAACUAGCUACACUGCCAGCAGAUGGCGCCGUUCUCGCCAACAACUACAACUGCAUCAUUUCUGGAUGGGGAAGAACUAGCACUGGUGGCUCUCUGCCAUCUAUCCUCCAGCAGGCCCCUCUGCCCGUUGUUGCUCACUCCACCUGCUCCACCAGCUCCUACUGGGGUAGCACUGUAAAGAGCACCAUGGUGUGUGCCGGGGGUAACGGACAACAGGCCGGAUGCAAUGGAGAUUCUGGUGGACCCCUGAACUGUGCUGUCAAUGGUGUUUACCAAGUCCAUGGUGUGACCAGCUUUGUGUCUUCUCUUGGAUGCAAUGCUUACCUGAAACCCACAGUGUUCACCAGAGUGUCUGCUUACACCUCCUGGAUCAACAGCAACCUGUAAACAUCACAGAACUGUACAGAAAGCACAAGUAUAAUGGCAUCUUAAGCAUCUGUUACUCUAUAUCAUACAUCAUAGAGAAAAUAAAU